CCUGAGUCUGAAGUCCAUCAACCGCACAUUUCAACAAGCGCACUUCCUCAUACAUGUGCACUUUCUGCUUCAUCGUUACUAAUGACAGCUACACACGGUGCCCGCAUGUGUUGGGAAAGAGAUCAUUUCAGCUUUGAUUUACCGAUGGAGAAAUAGAUUCAAACUUAUGCCAAGGUCAACACAGUAACAGUGGAUCCGGUGGAUUAAUACAUUUCUGUCAUCUGCUCGGCCAAGACAAAUGGACAAGACAUCCCAGCAAGCGCAGGUGAGGGUGGAGGAGCAACUGUCUCCAAACACCAGGAGGAGUUUCAGCUUCUCAUCUCUCCGUAUUAAAAGAAGGCACAACAGUUAUGAAGAGGGUGGAUUUUCAGGGCGGAGAGGGUUGCUGUCUUUUUCCUCAGUCCGGGAGACAUCACGAAAGGAGCUGUUCUCAGGUGGCGAUGGCGCGUCAAAGCUACACAGUGCUCAGGAGGACGCAGAUAUGUUAAAAGGUGAGCAGCCCAGAGGCCUCAUCUCUGAUGUUGCUGGGAGACACAGUGCCAUCCCAUCAGGUGAAGAUGAAGGUGGGCGACAAGGGGCCCUCAAGAGGAUCAGUGCCAUGUGGUCCUCCUUCCGCAGAGGCAAACGAGGUAGAGUCAAAGACCCAGAGCCUGCAGAGCCGCUGGGCCCUGAAGUAGCAGACAGCGCAUCCAGGCAGCACCGCUAUGCCAGUGGUCAGUACUUCUUUGAGUAUCUGGUGGUGGUCAGCCUCAAGAAGACCAAGGACGGCAGCGGCUAUGAACCUCAGAUCACCUACCAGUUUCCCAAGAGAGAUGGGAUGGCGAAAUUUCAGAAAGAGGAGGAGGAGAAGACGCUAAAGGCGAUCACUCUGUUUUGUUUCCCUGAGGGCAUCAACUGGGCUCCUCUGACAGAAUAUCACAGUGAGACCUUCUCCUUUGUUCUGACUGAGAUCGAUGGCAGCAGAAGAAAUGGAUACUGCAGGAGGUUACUGCCUGGAGGAAAAGGAGCUCGCCCACCUGAGGCGUACUGCAUCAUCAGCAGUCUGGCUUGUUUCGGCCUCUUCUCUAAGAUAUUUGACGAGGUGGAGAAGCGGCGGCAGAUCUCCAUGGCUAUGAUCUACCCAUUCAUGCAGAAGCUGCGGGAGGCCCCAUUCCCAGCUCCGGGAAACACUGUGGAGAUUAAGAGCUUCAUUCCUGAGUCGGGCACUGAGAUCAUCAGUCUGACCCGUCCGUUGGAUUCCUGGCUGGAACACGUCAACUUCGCCACGCUUUUCAGCUGCCUGACGGACGAGGAGGUGUUACUGGUGUUCGCUGCCGCUGUCCUGGAGAGACGGAUCAUUUUCAUCGCUGAUGAACUGGGCACGUUAUCCCAAGUCAUCCACGCAGUGGCAGCCCUCCUUUACCCCUUCACCUGGCAGCACACCUUCAUCUCCAUUGUUCCAGAGAUCCUGAUCGAUGUGGUGAUGGCACCCACGCCCUACCUGCUGGGAGUCCAGAAACGCCUGCUCGACCUGGUCACCGACCAGAGUGAUCUGCUGGUGGUCGACUUGUCUGAGGACAAAAAGAAGACCUUCAUUGUUUCAAUUGGUGAUGAAAGAUCUAUUCUGCCCCCAAAGCUCCAGACUGAAAUACUAGAGGCACUAAGUACAAGGAAAAAAACAUCAACGGUGGAGGAGCUGAACCGGGUGGUAUCAGAAGCCUUCUUGCAUUUCUUUGUAAGAACGGUCGGCCAUUACGCCUCAUAUGUGAAAUACAGUCAAGCUAAGAAGCAGGGGGUGUUUGAAAAGAGAAGCUUCUACAAGGCCAUUGAGUCCAAGACCACUCGACACUUUGUCAAGAAGUUCAUCCAGACGCAGAUGUUUGACCUGUUCAUCCAGGAGGUUGAGCAGCAGCAGUCUGGACCGCAGCAAGGAAUAUUUCACAAAAAGAUCCUUGAGUACCAAGAGAACAAGAAAAGGGAGAAGACAAAGAAACACUAGCUCUCAGCGUGUGAGCCUGGGUGUAAACCAGGAGUACAUAGGAAAAGAUGUGAACGUUUUACUGUGUGUUUUAUGUCCCGUGUUUGGUUUUAAAUAUGUAUGUAACAGUGUGUGCAUUACUGUAUGGCUGUCUUGCUGCUACUCUGUGAAACACUGGCAGAAUGAGAGACUUCGGGGACACGUGUUGGUCCUCAGCCUGUGGCCAAAGUGAGUCGCUAAUGAGCAGGAGAAUUAUUUCAAAUAAAGACUAGUUUUUUAAGUCCACGUGCCUGCAGUCUUUGAUUUUUAGGCAGCUAAGCUCCAGUGGCUGGGUAGCCUUUUGUUUUUGCUGGUUUCUAUCAGUGUAUCUGUCCAUUUAUCUAUAAUUCUCCUAUUUUUUUCACAGUUUUGAGUCUGAGUUCCCUGUUAUGUGUGAAUGAUGUAUUGUUGAACUGAUACAAAUACAAAAAUGAAGUGCAACCACAGAUGUCUCCAUGCAUGCUAAACUUGCUUGUUUCUGAAUGUGUUGCUGAUGGUCACUACUGUACCACAAGCAUGUGGGAUGAUAACACAUCACCAGCCACCUCCCUCCAUAAUUUCGAGAGAAUGCAGACCAGUGGGACAGGAGAAUGAUCAGGGUUUGAGGAUUUCCUCAGUAUCAAAGUAAUUCAGUGAUGAUUGUCAGAAGGAUGGUUCAUAGCAGAGAUGAAUGGUUAACAGUUCAUUCAGCAAACUUCAUUUUCCAAAAUGCAAACAGGCUUAAAAAAAAAAAAAACAUGGCUCAAACUG